GUAAUUAAUCUCUACGCUUCUCUCUCUGCAAUUACUCUUUGAGAGCAUCUCUCUCUAGAAUAUUGAGUAUUGCUGACUUGAGCAUUGGAGUGUUUCUCCCGGGGGAGCAGCCUCGGGAUUUGCAGGUGUAGAAGCAGCUGAGGACUUCAACAGUGUUGGACUGUGAAGCUGCCUAAACAUUUGGCGCCGUCUGUGGGAACUUGAACAAAAAGUUGUGUAGCUUAACCUGUUGGAAGACAAAAUGGUUCGAACUUUUACAGGAGGUCGCCCCCCAAGAAAUGAAGUGGACGAACAGGAGGACACUCAGCUGUCUGAACCCGAUGAUGAUGAAAGGACACCAACCGGGUACGCAACUCAGCCCGAACAUUUCCAAGUUCCAACAGGAACAAGACAGAGACAACCCAGACCUGGCAAUCUGCAACAGGAACGACCUCAAAGGUCAGCAGAGCCUGCUCGAACAACCGAGCUCGAAGAGAGAACCAGAGUUCUCGAGAUGGCAAUGGGUAAAAUCCUUGCCCGCCUGAUUUCGGAUGACCCCCUGAUCCCUUUGUUGAACAGGGAUGCACAACCAGCUACGGUUGUUGCGACUCGAAACUCCCCCGCUCUAAGCAACAUAGUAGUGCCGACCAGGCCAAGGGGAAGUGGGAAACUAAAUAACGAGCCCUGCUUGUCCAAACAUAGUGAAGAAUUGAUGAGAAAGAAUGCAGACCUUGAAAGGCAGCUGCGGGACGUACAGAAGUCCAUUGACGAGCUGAAAAGCCCCAAGUCGCACCAACAAACCCUUGAUUUGGAUAGUGCUCCACUGAACCUAUCCAUCACAGCAGAACCAUAUCAAGAGGGAUUCAAAAUUCCCCACCUGGAGACAUAUGAUGGCUUGGGCGAUCCAGAUGAACAUCUACACACCUAUCAAGCCAUCAUGAGGAUCCAAAAUGCCAAUGAUGCCAUGAUGUGCAAAGUGUUCCUAGCGACACUGAAAUCAACGGCCAGAAGAUGGGAGAUCAAACGCACAGCAACCGAGCUGAAGCAAGUUAAUCAGAGGGAAGGGGAAUCUCUGAGGGACUACAUGCAGCGAUUCAACAAAGCCACUUUGGACAUCGAUAACGUCCCAGACACCAUCUGCCUAUCCGCCUUGCUGCAUGGUUUGAAGCGUGGCCGGUUCCUGGACGACCUGCUAGAAAACCCACCAAAGACAUGGAACAAAGUCAAUGACAGGUCUCAAAUCCUAGCACAAAUCCAGCAUUGGGUUAGAAGACCCCCACCCCUAUUACAUGAUUCCCCGAGAGCAGACAAGAGCAAGCACUGUGACUACCAUCGUGUAUACGGUCACAACACAAAAGAUUGCCAACACCUAAAAGACGAGCUGGAGUUCCUGGCUCGCAAUGGGAAACUGGAAGGAUAUGUUCAGAAGCUCCAUACCCAGCAACCCACUCAAGCUCAUUUUGUACAAGGGUAUGACCGACCUCAGAGGGGAAACCGGAAGAUGGCCAGAGCCUGCUAUCAAGAUACGUUCAAGAAAGUUCAGCUCGCGGCAACACCGGUAGGUUCUAAGAAUCACAGACCAACUCAGCCCAGACAGCAGACAAUGAGCAUAUCAGACAUCGAGCAUCGACCUGAGGGUGUCGAGCAGAAAGCAGAGCUAGUGGAGCCAGUAGAAACAGUCCCUCUAAACCCGGAUGUGCUAGAAAGGACAGUUAAGAUCGACACCAAGCUCACAGAAGAGGAGCGUGCAGAGCUUCUGGAGUUUUUUAGGAUUAAUCAGGAUGUGUUUGUGUGGACUGCGGAUGAAAUGCCUGGCGUUCCAGCAGAGUUGACAAUCCACAGGCUCAGCACGGACCCUACCAGAAGGCUAGUGGUUCAGAAAUGUCGCCUUUUUGGCCUUGAGAAGCAAGCUGCCAUAGAUGAAGAGAUACAAAAGCUGUUACAAGCAGGCUUCAUCAGAAGAGUAGAAUACUCUGAAUGGGUGUCCAACCCUGUGCUCGUCAAAAAGCCAAAUGGCAAGUGGAGGAUGUGUAUUGACUUCACCAACCUCAAUGAUGCGUGUCCAAAAAACCCUUAUCCCUUGCCAAAUGUCGAGAAGUUAGUAGAGCGGGCAACCAGACACAAAUGGAUGAGCUUCCUUGAUGCCAGUUCGAGUUAUCAUCAGGUCCAGCUGUUGUUAGACGACCAGGAGAAAACAGCGUUUUAUGCUGGUGACGUAAUCUACUGCUAUGUGAUGAUGCCAGUCAGGGAAAUUCCUAGGUACGUGGUAUCCAAGAAAGGAAUUGAAGUCAAUCCAGAGAAAGUUCAGGCCAUUAAGCAGAUGGAGCCACCCAAGACUAUCAAAGAGGUGCAGCGGUUGACGGGCCGUGUCGCUGCACUGCAUAGAUUCAUAGCCAGCACCUCUACUGUCCAAGCCUAUGGAAGGGGAGAGUUUAUACAUGUCCUGGGGGUUACAGAAGAGGUAGUGAGCUCAGUCCUACUUAGGGAAGAGAAUAGGAAUCAGAAGCCUAUCUGCUACGUGAGCAAAGUUUUACAAGGUGCCGAGCAGAACUACCCACUAGCAGAAAAGGCUGCUUUUGCUUUGGUCUGCACAGCUCGUAAGUUGAGAGCUUAUUUUCAAUCUCAUCAAAUUGUUGUUUAUAUUGAUUUCCCGCUGAGGAAAAUAUUACAGAAGCCAGAACUCUCUGGUAUGCUCAUCGGGUGGAGCGUCGAGCUGAGUGAGUAUGACCUUAAAUUUCAGCCGCGCAUGACUAUAAAAGGACAGGCUGUGGCAGACUUUUUGGUUGAAUGCGCCUCGGCGACUGUGAAAGAAAAGGCACCUGAACACCCAGUCUGGGUUUUGUAUGUAGAUGGAGCUGCUAAUGUUGAAGGAUCAGGUGCUAGGGCUGUACUGUUAGGGCCGGAUGGCUUUAAAUCCGAGCACGCGCUGAGGUUCAAGUUUCAAACAACUAACAAUGCAGCAGAGUAUGAAGCCCUCAUCUAUGGCUUGAAGCUAGCGUCCAAGCUGAAGGUACAGAGCAUUCAGGUUUUUAGCGACUCUCAGCUCGUUGUGGGCCAAGUGAAUGGCAACUGUGAAAUUAGGGAUCCCCAGCUUGCUCGUUAUGCCUCUGUGGUCAACAGAUUGAAAUCAAGAUUUGCUUCCUUCCAAAUCGACAAGAUACCCAGAGCAGAUAACCAACGAGCUGACCAGCUGUCGAAGUUGGCCUCCUCGCAAGAGACGAACCCUCAUAGGUCAACAAUAGUGGAGGUACUUGAUGCUCUGAGCUACACCGAUUUCAUAGUUGAGUGUCAGCUGCUCAGCACAAAUCCAUCUUCACCGAGCUGGACCACCCCACUCAUAAAUUAUCUGCAAAGUGGCGAGCUACCGGAAGAUCCGUCCGCUGCAAAGUUGACUAAACGGAGGGCAGCACAUUUCACUUUGUUGGACAACAGGCUCUAUAAACGAGCAGCCUCAAUGCCCCUAUUGCGCUGCCUUACUCCUUAUGAAGCCGAAUAUGUUGUGAGAGAAGUUCAUGAAGGAGUAUGUGGCACCCACAUCGGUGGUAGGACUUUAGCUCGGAAACUUCUGAGGCAAGGUUAUUACUGGCCCACUAUGGUCGAGGACGCACAGAACUAUGUCAAAAAGUGUCCGACCUGCCAGUUCAAUGCUGAUGAUAUCCACAUGCCAGGAGAAAUGCUCUCAUCACUCUCAUCUCCUUGGCCUUUUGCUCAAUGGGGAGUCGACCUGCUCGGCCCUUUCGUGAAAGGUAAAGGAGGAUGCACUUACCUUGUUGUCGCGGUGGAUUAUUUCACCAAAUGGAUAGAAGCUAAACCAUUGUCCACGACCACAGAGAAUAAAAUAGAAGAAUUCCUGUUUAAUUCAAUAUUAUGCAGGUUCGGCAUACCUAAACGGAUCAUAACUGAUAAUGUUCCACAGUUCCGAGCCGCGGCGCUGAGGUCGUUCUGCAAUGAUUAUGGAAUUGAGCUCGCCUUGACAUCUGUGUAUACUCCACAAUCCAAUGGGCAAGCAGAGUCCGCCAAUAAAAUCGUCUUAUGAGGCCUCAAGACACGUGUUUUGGCUGCACAUACUAACUGGGUUGACAAGCUCAAUAAAGUGCUGUGGUCAUG